GACCUCUACGCAAAAAGAGAGAUGUCGGGGACCAACAUGCAAAAAUCUCCUUAACUGAGCUCGUUGGAAUCCUGCCUGGUCUCAGAUAGGAAAUCCUAGCGCGUGCGUGAAUGGGCGAAGGUCCGUACGAUCUCGGACGCAUGAUGCGGUGUGGACGGAGACGAAAAGGUAAAUACCGUGCCAUCUUCGAACCAGCGACCACAGUCUUUAACCAACUGUACGUCGACACAUGGUCGGUGGAUGGUCCCACAGACUCUCCUGUUCUCCUCACCGCUACUUAAAUUGGCCCCUACAGCUAAAACUUUGACCUGCUCGUUUCGGAUACAGCUGCGGACUCUCUCUCUCUCUCUCUCUGUGUCGUUUCUUCUCCCAAUUGUUUAUCAUUAUUGGGAAAAUAAUAGAGGGGGGAAGCGGAGUUGGAUUCCAAAGAAUCUCGAAGGAAAUCAAGAUUUAACGAUUGAGGGUAGCAUGCCCUUGUAGCUAAAUAAGCAAAUAUCUCACCAAUGCGCUCCAGGAGAACAAGUUGGAUAUCUGCUUGUUAUCAUCCAUUCUUUGUUGGUGUAGUAUGCUUCCUGUUUAUAGUGUACAAGCUUUUUCCUUCUCUAUUUUCUCUUCUUUUAAAUUCUUCCCCUGUCAUUGCUUGCACAACUCUCCUUCUUGGAAUCUUUCUGAGUUAUGGUGAACCGAAUGUUCCUGAGAACAAAAAAGAUCAUAUUAAUAUGACUCAAACGAGUUCGUCGCUGAAGAUUGACCCAGUUGCAAAUGAUCUUGGGUGUAAGAAUGAGGAAAACUUCAAAGUGGAGGCUCAUCUGGGAGGAAGAAGAGGAAAAGCAACUAAGAGAACGACCAUCAAAACAAUUGCUUCGGGUGAUAGAAGACUUAGUGCAGCUAGCAGAGCUGUUAAGGAAGAUGAGGUCAAUCAAAUGGAUGCGACUUCUGUCGAUUCUAAUUCUUUUGUUGAGGAAGAUCACAGUGAGAAUAACUUCAUUGAAGAAAAAGGAUAUCACAUAGGAAAUCUAGCUGAAGGUUUGCAGAAUGUGAAAGAACAUAUUGGUCGUGUAAUUGCUUUGAGUUUCACAGUUCUCAGUGCAAAAGCAAAUAGAACUAAAUUGGACCCUUCUGAUCCAUGUUUGGAUUCACAAUGGCGUGACAACCACCAGGAUGAUUCUUCAUAUUCUAAAUCUAACGGGAAAGAGAUGUCUGACUCUCAUGCGGCAAAUGGUGUCUCUGUUCUUGAUGAACUUGAUCCGCUUUUAGACUCUGAAACUUCUCAAGCUGACUUGGUUUCCAAGGACAACGCUGAUGAUGGUUCUGUAUCAUUCUCACAGAACCAUGUAUCGGAAGAUGGCAGCGGGGAGGAGGAAGCAGAAACUCAGGAUGACGAUGAUGAUGAAGAGGCACAGGAGGAGAAAGAUGAUGGAAAUAAAGCUGCUGUAACAUGGACUGCAGAUGAUCAGAGGACUCUCAUGGAGCUGGGUAACACUGAACUCGAAAGGAAUCUUCGGUUAGAGAUUUUAAUUGCCAAACGAAAAGCUAGCAAGGCAAUGGAAAAAAAUCUAAUAGACUUGGAUGAUAAUAUGGAUGAGAUAUUGCAAUCUCACGGUCAUCUUCCAUCAGUUAAUGCACCAAGAAGGAACCCGUUCGAUCUCCCUGAUGUUUUAGAUGAAUCUGUUCCAGGUUCAGCUCCUUCUGUUCUCCUACCAAGACGAAAUCCAUUUGAUCUUCCUUACGAGCAGGUGGAUGAUGAGGAGAAUUCGAGCCAUAAAGAAUUUGUUGCAGUUCCACAACAUGAUAUACCGUUGAGAAGGCAUGAAAGCUUCACUGUUGGUGCUUCAUUCUUUAGUGACUUCAAUCAAGAGAAACAUUCUUCAAGGUUUAUGCCUUAUUUUGGUGCAGAGGAGAUGGAUUUUGCUGAUCCACAGAGAAAAUUAAGAGAAAUUAGUGAUUCAAAUGUGAAAUCUACUUUAAAAUCUGAUACAGUUUCUUCGGUUACCGAUCAGGAACAUCCAAAAGACUUGCAUCGAUUGACUGGAUCUCCCAUUACGAAUAGUGCAGGAUCUGCUGAAAAUGACAGUCAAGUAGAGAGUCAGAUGAAGAUGAAUGAUGAUCAUACAAAUCAUUUGAAUCAUAGCAUAAUGAUGGAACAAACUCAUCAAGCCACUGAAAAUAUUGGAGCUGUCGAAUAUAACACCACGGGAGGGUCAGAAUCAAGGUCACCCAUUUCAUAUGCUGUGAGGUCUGAAGUGACCAAGGAGGUUUGCGAGUCGAGCUCCACUUCAUUGGAAGCAGAAAAGAAUACCUCCAGAAUAAGCACUCACGAACAAAUAUCUAACCAGGAACAAAUAACUAGUGGUUCCUCGAAGGACUCCAUGGUUUCAGCUAAAUCAGUUGCUGCAGAUUCUGACACCGGGAAUAUGAAAGCAGAUCAUGUUCAUGAUGGUCAUGUUGUGGAACCUGUUUAUGAUUCUAGUCCAACACAAACGGAGAAAUCACACUCAAAUUCUGCACUUGAUGAGGCUCCCUACAUUGCAGCAGAAAGAAAUGUUCCACCAAGUAGUGAUGCACCAUCUGCCAAUGGAUUUAUCUGGUUUGCAUCUCCGAGUCUAGCAUCGGUAGACGAGAAUGAAGCAGCAUCAAGGGAGAUAUCAGUAAUCAAGGAGCUUGAUGUUAUCGGAGAUGAAGCCAGAGUUCGGAAAGACUCUGGUCGUCCACUUUGGCGUAUUUUGCCAUCGCCAGCAGCCAGGAAGAGAACGCUUCACUCAAGCUUGUCUGCCGUGGAGAUUCAAUCAAAUGAAGGUAGUUAAAAACUUGAAACCAACAAGAGAGUAUCUGCAAAUAAAUUCAUCUUAUUCAACUUCUUGUCAUGCAAAUAUAGAAGAUUAGAACGACCAUAUGUGCUAUCAAAAAGUCAACUGUCAUUUUCUUGUUGAUUUCGUUAAAUCUCAAGGCAAUUGUAAAUUUGUAUCA